AUGGGUUUUGCAAGUAAAAAAUCAUCUUCAUCAUCACCAUCAUCAAACAGCACUCAGGUUACAGACUGGGAUUUCUACAACUGGUGCAUAGAUUUCGAGACUGCCAUACAAACCUUCUCAGCAAUAUCUGUGUUCUGUUUCCUCUUGGGAUUACCAGCCUGUCUGUGGGUCCUACACGAGCUAUUCCAGAGGAAAAAACAAAGAUCCACCAGUGACAUCUUCAUGCUCUGCCUGACUGUUAUCGAUCUAGCAUUCACAAUUCAGAUGCCCAUAAGUGUAUGUAAUUUAAUACAAUGGCAUAUUGUCGAGCUACAAUAUAUACUUGUUUUUAUUUAUAGCUUUUGCCUCAUUGGUAGACCUCUCUUUAUGGCUUGCAUUUGUUUGGAUUGUUACAUCGCAGUGGUUCACCCUAUAGUCUACAAAAUUAGUAAAAUGCUUACUAUAGUUAAGAAGGCCUUAACGUUAACAACCUGUUUUCUUAUGGCAACUGGUGGACUGCUUAUGUGCAUUGUUACAAGGUUGAUUACAACGCCAUUCUUGGCUAUUCCUUUGGUUGUGGCACUACCAGUUAUUACCUUCUGUGACAUUUCCAUAUUACUAGCCUUAAGAAAACCAGAUCCAACAGGAAACAACAACAUCCACCCACAGAAGAAACAAGCACUUCACACCAUCUUUAACAGCUUCAUCAUGACAUGUGUGGUUUAUUUGCCACCAACAAUCAUUUUUUCAUUCGGAAGUCUUUUUUCACUAACAAAUAUUGAACACUUUUGUUUUUUAUCUACAUGUGGGCUUUGUUUUAGCACAGUCGGUUGUGUUAUUAUGCCUGUUUUAUAUCUUUUUAAUGUUGGAAAGCUGGACACCUUUAGAAACUGGUUUAACAGAUAA